AUGUUGGAUACUCAGCCUUCCCAGCCCGCUCCCCAAGAUACUAAUGGUUCAGACCAGUCACUGCGGUGGUGGGACAACUUCAACAAUCCAGAGCCCCAGACGCUCCGGACAAUGACUCCUUCUGAGGAUAUGGUCAUUAUGCAUGAACACCCUGAUCAGCCAUUUGACUGGGUGCGGCAUAACACCUUUGAUUUUGAUAAUCCUGUAAUCGAGGGGGGACCGCCACUACUAGGUUCCCAGUCCAUGCUCAAUGAGGCUUACUAUUCCCAACUCUCUUCUCCCCAGGUUCAUCAUGCACCCUACACCAUCUCACAAUGGCGUCAUCACCGUGAUAUAUUCUCUCAUGCUGUAGAACAAGGUGAGGGGUCAUCUCAAAGCGCAGCAUUUGAUAACCCGCCUCCUGUGCCGGGUGUGCCGCCCCCCACACUGGUAACACCAUCUCCCACGCCACCUCCUGUGCCAUCUCCUGUGCUAUCUUCUGUGCCAGCCGCUCAACCGGUGCCUUCAAUUAUGUUUGGUCUUGCCGAUUUAGGUGAUGUGAAGGCAAAGGCAUUGCUUCAGAUGAAGAGGAGUAUCUUUGACAGCUCCUUCCUGCCAAGUGACAACUCGGAUGUAGAAAGGAUGGCAAGGGCAUGUAUUACAGCCCAGGUGUCCCACAGCAUUGAACUUACCGCCUGGGCCACCAUGAAAGCUGGCAAAAAAGAGAUUGUCAAACUGUGCACCGCUCUCACCACACUUAGAAAAAACAUACAAUUUCUCACACGCAGCGCCAUGCUCUGGGGAUAUGGUUUACACUGGUUAAUGCACAUGGAGAGCAAACAGGAAGUGAAAAAGUUUGUCAAGAGUCUCAUUCAAGAUGAUUUCUUCCUUAGAGGUGUCAUCAAUCCCCAUCAUUUGUUCUCGUUUCUCGUCGAUGACCGCUCAUGUUACUUUAUUCAGGUCAAUGGAACAAAUGUUGAUAUUCCUUUUGGGAAUGUAGCAAUAUUGUAUUACAUCCAGCAGCUACUCUUCCACGAUAGGCAAUACAAACACCACAUUGGCAUGAAACAGAAUCUCCGACCGCUAGAAUUCAAAGAUCUAGAUUUUAAACUUACCGAAGCUACUACGGAGCAUGUCGCUAUGGAAAUGCUAUUCAACACACUAUCGGAUGAACAGCAUUGUGCCCUCACUGCAAGUGUUUAUAUUUAA